AGAGGGACUCCGCUCUCGGUGUCUUCAGUGAGCGUCCUGCUCCCUCACAGUGACGGGAUGAAGCCUGCUGACAGCGGAUGUGAUGCUGGAGUGGAUGGAAGACUGUAAUUCUGAUUCUGGGUUUCCUGUCUCCUGUCGGAGAGUCCGGACCACCUGUCACUUCUCUCCGCUCCGGGGACGCACUGACGCACAGAGGAGAAGGCAGGCAGAGAGAGGCGCGUAAUUUCUCUGUGCGUCUUGCCGCGCCAUGGCUCUCCUCCUCCUCCUCCUCUGACCGCCUCCUGUCUCUCCAGUCGUGGAUGAACUUUCUCGCCGCCUGCGGGGACGCGGCAUUUCGCACUGAGAUCAUGAAGACGACGCGGAAAUGCCGCGCGCUGCUGUCCGUGGGUCUGAACCUGGUGGCCCUGUUCUUCUCCACCACCGCCUUCAUCACCACGUACUGGUGCGAGGGCACCCAGCGCGUCCCCAAGCCCAACUGCAGCAAGCAGCGGCGCCACAACUGCAUCGACUACGGCGUGAACGAGACGGACCAGAACAAGGUGCACUACAGCUGGGAGACCGGGGACGACCGCUUCCUCUUCCGCCGCUUCCACACCGGCAUCUGGUACUCCUGCGAGGAGAACAUCCACGAGGCAGGUGAGAAGUGUCGGAGCUUCAUUGAUCUCGCCCCGGCGUCGGAGAGAGGCGUGCUGUGGCUGUCGGUGGUCUCGGAGGUGCUCUACAUCCUGCUGCUGGUGGUCGGCUUCAGUCUCAUGUGUCUCGAGCUUUUCCACUCCAGCAACGUCAUCGACGGACUCAAACUCAACGCCUUUGCCGCCGUCUUCACCGUGCUGUCCGGUCUUCUGGGUAUGGUGGCCCACAUGAUGUACACUCAGGUGUUCCAGAUCACAGUCAGUCUGGGUCCUGAAGACUGGAGACCCCACAGCUGGGACUACGGCUGGUCCUUCUGCAUGGCCUGGGGGUCCUUCACUUGCUGCAUGGCCGCCUCCGUCACCACCCUCAACUCCUACACGAAGACGGUGAUCGAGUUCAGACACAAACGCAAGCUGUUUGAGCAGGGCCUGCGCGAGGAGCAGAACUACUUAGACCAGGAGGCCUUCCACUACUUCCGGGACCGCUCCCUCCAGUCCAUCUCCAGCACUGUGGAGGUCUACCCUGGCCACAGCGGAGCCAGAGCUGGGCUCGUCGUCGGGGCACCGGGUCCCGGUCCAGGACCGGGCCCGGGUCCAGGUCCCGGACGGGGCAAGAUGAGAGCCACGUCGGCCUCCAUAGACCUGGGGGAGAACACAGACUCGCUGGGGGAGGAGCAGUGCUGAGCCGUCCGCGGGAACAGGAGGGUCAUGUGGGAUGGGGGCGUGGCCACAAGAGGCGAACUGCUCCUUUAGGUCUGACUGGCCACAGGUUCUGCCACCAAACACGAAAGCACAGCAGCUCUUAUUUUCUGUUUGUAGAAGAUUAUUAACUUGACAAGAACAGAGGAAGGAGGCAUCGACGAAAUUAAUAAAAUUAGACGAAUGUGUUCUUUAUAUAUUACAUGAAAAUAUAAAGUGUCUGAAACAGGCUUUACGGUCGGAAUGAAGUUUCCUCAUGGACAGAAAGCAUAUAUCAUGGUGCUAUGUAUGGUAUUUUAACAUCAGUAUCAUUGUUGUUGAAACUUUAACAUGAGUCUGGGUAGUUUUUGUUGGGCAGCGGCCACUGGGGCAAUUACAAAAUACUGAUAAACGCUAAAGAGUAGCAUAACUACGGAAGCUCGGUACUGCCAGACUCUCUAAGUCAUUAAAAUGAAAUCCUUAUCAAGAACCGAAACGUUUUCAUCACACUGGCAGAAUUAGGCUUCCACAGAUAACAGCAGCACAAACAGAGGACCAUUAUGAAGUCAGUAAGCUGACUCAGUAAUGUAAGCCUUGCUAACUUUAGCUCAUCAUUAGCCACCAUAAGCUACGGUUCAUAAAAGACCAUGAAAGGCUGUCGCAGCCAAACCCUUAGGCCACUGAACUGAGUCAUUACUACUGAAUUAAAUUUUUAUUUGUAACAGAGGGAAUGUGUUAUUGGUGUAGACGUAUUUUUAGAUGGCGGAGAUUACAAAUAAAAAGUUAGAAAGAUGAUAUUAGAUUUUGGAUAAGAAAGAAACCAGCAGUUUAUUAUGCUUGUUGUCAUGCUGAAAAAACUUUCUUUUUUGUAUGCUGGUAAGUUAAAUUGUCUGAUUGUG